GGCUUGCUGGGUCAGCCUAUUUUAAACGUCGAAAGAAAAAUACCCAAAUGCGUCGACAAAACACAGAAACAACGUGUCCGUUUCGACGUAGUAUUACAAUUUUUUACAAAAAUAUACACUUAACUGACGCGAUUGGUGACUGGAAUGGUAUUUAGUUUUCUUAAUUUUACAACCCCCCUCUUUAGUGCCAACAUGGUAGCGGCGUAAUGUCUUCUUCCUGUCAACUCCGCACGUGUGUGGGUCAACGCCACAUUGUGGUCCUCGCUUUUUAUUAUUAUAAUGGAAUUAAGUCAGCAAGUACCGCGCAAAAGUUUUAUAUGUUCAUUCGCUGACUGUCAUGCGUCGUACAACAAAGCAUGGAAACUAGAUGCUCAUAUUUGCAAGCACACAGGGCUGAAACCAUUUGUGUGUGAACAUGACGGCUGUGACAAGUCAUUCUGCGACAAGUACCACCUAGCUCGGCACCAGUUGAGCCACAGUGGAGAGAGACCCUUUAGAUGUACAGUAGAUGGAUGCACAGAGGCCUUCACCACAAAUUACAAUUUGAAGAAACAUGUUAAUCGCAAACACAACCAUGAUGAGGAGAAACUGUAUGAAUAUGUGUGUAGCUUUGAGGGAUGUGGGAAAGUGUUCAGGAAGAACAAUCAGCUCAAGUCACAUGAGUGCCAGCAGCACACCAAACUACCUCCCUUUCAGCUUUAUAGCUGUACCUUUGAGGGCUGCGAGAAACAAUUCACUUUCCCCAAUAAACUACGGCUUCACGAGAAGGUGCACAGAGGCUACCCCUGUGAAAAAGAUAGCUGUUCUUUCAUCGGAAAGACCUGGACUGAGUAUACUAACCAUAGGAAACACGUACACAGAGCCCUUUUUCAGUGUAAUGAGUGCAACAAGGUGUUUCGCGACACCUGGUUCCUGAAGCAGCACCAGCGUGUCCACGCAGAGGAGCGCCAGGUGUUUAUCUGUCCCAGGGAGGGGUGCCAGAGGUCCUUCACCACGCCAUUCAACCUGCAAAGCCACAUCGGCUCUUACCAUGAGGAGCUACGGCCUUACACCUGCCCCCAUGAAGGCUGUGGAAAGACCUUUGCCAUGAAGCAAAGCUUACAACGCCACAAUGUUGUCCACGAUCCAGAAAGGAAGAAACAGAAACCCCGACCCAAGCGAUCCCUGGUUUCCAGACUGAGUGGUUACAAGCCCAAGAAUAACAGUCAUCCAAAGCCCCAUGCAGCUUUGCAAUCAGAAUCCAUUGCAAGGGGUCAGUCAGAGCAAACGAACACUGUUGGAUCAGAGCCUAUUACACUGGUAUCCCUUCUUCAGGACACAGUCGUUUUCAACUCUGGUUAAGAAAUCAAACCGUGACCACCCGACCGGAUUUUGCCAUAUGACAGUAUUACUUUCAGUGCCAAUUGGAGGAAAAUUACUCCAGACAACCCCCCCCUCCUCAAAAAAACAUGAUAUUGCCCUCGCUAGUUUAGUUCACUGUGUGUCGAUUUUUUUAUUUGUACUUGAACUCAUGAGUUUACACGCACAA